AUGUUCGGCAAAAAUGCGAUAAGGCCGUUUCUGCCUCUUGCACUUUACCCAACAGCCUGUGUUCGACCCCAUCAUCAUGUUCUAAACGCAAUUCGCCUCAUCAUGAGGAGACCAGGGGAUCGCCUUGUUCAACCAGUUCUGAGGAGUUUGGCGGGUUCUGACUGGAAGAGGCCACCUGGCCAAAAACAGAAUCUCUGGACUGAAGUGAUGAAAGAGGACCUGAGCACACUCGGGUUGGAUAGGCAGUUCAGGCGAGACGUAAGGUGUCGCAGGAUAUCGAAUGGCGAGGAAAGGAUUGAUUCUGUACAAAUUCUCGCAGAAGAUCGUGAAGGUUGGGCAGAGCUAUGUUCAAAGACGGCACACCUUGGCGAAGGUGCUGGUAAUCGCGUCGGGUGA